AUGUCCUCUCCGUAUGGUCACCCUAGCAUUCGAGCGAAAACAUUCCCGCAUGCUACCACUUCUGCAAUGCUCCAACCACGUUUUCUCUUAACGAGACCGCGGUCUCUCCUCCACACCCAAUGGCUCUACCCCUCCUGCCAAUCGCCGCUCCAAUGGCUCUACCGCCGCACAUCCACACUGCCUCAAACCCCCAAGCCAACAACACCCCCCCCUAAACAGCCCUCCGAUGGAGAUCCCACCCCCAACCCCCUCUCCCGUCCCCUUGGCCAACCAAAACCGCCCAUCCCGGGCGAAAACAGCGGCAUAGACUACCGCACAUGGCGGGAACGGAGGGCUGAUUUUGUCAACUACGAUAAACAUCUCGAGCGGCGGAAGGCAUUAACGAAGAAGGUCGCAAAGCCGUAUUUCAGAGAAUGGACGAACAUGCGGCACCACCGGGGCAAAACGUUCCUUUCUCCGCCCAAACUGUUCAGAGCGGAUUCGGCGCUGUAUUUCCCGAACAUGAUGGGGUACACACUCGCCACACCCUCCACGACUACAUCUACGACGUCGGUAUUGACGGACAAGACGUCGAUCGUCAGCGUCUUCAGCGGAACGUGGGCGGAGCGGCAGACCCUCACUUUUGUUGGCGAGAAGCGAAAUCCGGCGUUGGCGGUGGAGGUGGAGAAGUUGGAGGGGGAAGGGCUGCAGAGGGUGUGGAUCAAUGUCGAAGAGGACUGGAUGAAGGCUGGGUUGAUACGGCUGUUCCUGGGGAGUAGUAAGAAGGGAAAGAGUAGGGCGGAGUGGGGAAGGAGCUUUGUGGUAAGGAGAGGAGUGGACGAUGAUGUCAGAGACAGCAUCGGGAUGGCGAAUGGGAAAGUGGGAUAUGUUUAUUUGGUGGAUGGAAAUUGUAGGAUCAGAUGGGCUGGGAGUGGGGAUGCGGACCCUGGGGAGAGGGAGGGGUUGAUUGGCGUUGCCAGGAGGUUGGUUGAGAGCAAUAGGAGGCCUGAGAGUGGGAAGAAACGCGAGGGAGUUGUCGGUGCGAAAGCAGAACAUUGA